UGUGGGAUAUUCUCUCACGCCGAGCGCUUGUAUUCUUACGAAUCCUUCAGUUUCCACAGAAGAUACGGGGGAAAAUGAGCGACAGAGGAAAACAGGGUGACAAUGUGCACGAUGCUGCUAAGAAGAACAUUUUGGCUGAGUUCCAGGCGCUCUUCUUUGCCAUGCGCAGUUUGUCCUCGUACCCGUGGCACAGCUUUGAAAGGGCGCUGCAGAGGGCGGACUCAUCCCAAAUAUUCGUGGAGCUGCUCGAGAGGACCUGCCUUCAUCCGGUGUGCCAGAAGAAACCCCCGUCCGCUAAAUACAGGAGACGCUUUCUCACGGAGCUCAUCAAGCGGCAUGAAGCAACAGCGUCGGAGCCUCUAGACGAGCUCUACGAUGCGCUAGCCGUAGUUUUGGCCUCAGAGGAGCAAUGCGUGUGCUACAAAAGCUACUUCCUGCCAGCAGGGGGCGCUAUCACCCUUGCCGAAAACGAAGCCACCAUCUCGGAGGGGACCACUGGAAUGGUCACGUGGGAGGCGGCUCUCUACCUGGCCGAAUGGGCCCUGGGGAACCCGCAGGCGUUCCAGCACAGGGUUGUGCUGGAGUUGGGCAGCGGAAUGGGCCUCGCCGGCGUGGCCGUGUGCCGUUCCUGCCACCCCAAGCGCUACACGUUCAGCGACUGCCACCCUGGCGUGCUGCGGCGACUGAGGGACAACGUGAAGCUCAAUGGCCUGGAGGACCCCGGUGGCCCUCGUGUGGCCGUCGAGGAGCUGGACUGGGGGGCCGUCGCUGACGAGCGGCUGCGGGACCUCCGGCCGGACACGGUCAUCGCUGCAGACGUGGUGUACGACCCGGAUGUCAUCGACACCCUCGUGUCUCUUCUGCGCCGACUCUUGGCGAUUCCAGUCCUGACCCGGCCCUCGGACAUUUACAUAGCCUCAGCCGUCCGCAACCCCGACACGUACGCUUACUUCCGGAGGCAGUGCGGCAAGGUGGGGCUGCGGCACCAGGUCCUCACGGAGCCGGUGGCUCGGAUCUUCCCCUACAACAGGACCUCCGCCAUCGAGAUGAUCCGACUGCAUUUAUGAAAUAAACCUCACGCGUCACUUUAUAUAAAAAAAGGUUUUAUUUACACUGCAG